CGGGUGUCACAACCCGCCGUCAAAGGCACUCCAAGCGGAGGAGCGCACGACUCGACGCUGAAUGAGCCGAGGGUAGCCGCGACGCUCCGAGAGAUCCCAACCACGGACCAUCAGCCGCCGCCGCCACCACCUCCGCCACCAUGCCUCCUCUGAAGGUCUGCAUCAUCGGAUCCGGCAACUGGGGAUCUGCCAUUGCAAAAAUCAUAGGCCAAAAUACCAAAAGCUCCAACCAGUUUGACCCAAUUGUCAAGAUGUGGGUAUUUGAAGAACUAAUCAAUGGUCGAAAACUCACCGAGAUCAUUAACCAAGAACAUGAAAAUGUGAAAUAUCUCCCAGGGCAUAAAUUACCUCCAAACGUGGUUGCUGUACCAGAAGUAGUAGAAGCAGCAGAGGAAGCUGAUAUUUUAAUAUUUGUCGUACCUCAUCAGUUUAUUCCCAAAAUUUGCGAGCAACUUACUGGUCAUGUAAAAGCAGGAGCAAUUGGGAUUUCACUGAUCAAGGGUGUAGACGAAGGCCCUGAAGGCCUGAAACUCAUCAGCGACAUCAUCCGAGAGAAACUGAAGAUAGAUAUGAGUGUGCUCAUGGGUGCCAACAUUGCCAAUGAAGUGGCAAAUGAAAUGUUCUGUGAAACUACCAUCGGUUCUAAAAAUGCUAAAAAUGGGAAGAUCUUAAAAGAAUUAAUGCAAACAUCAAAUUUCAGAAUUACUGUGGUGGAUGACUGUGACACCGUGGAACUUUGUGGGGCCUUAAAGAACAUUGUGGCUGUUGGAGCUGGUUUCUGUGAUGGGCUGGGCUUUGGGGACAACACCAAGGCAGCUGUGAUUCGCCUGGGCCUGAUGGAAAUGAUUGCCUUUGCUAAAAUCUUCUGCAAGGGCACAGUCUCUAUAAAUACAUUUCUGGAAAGCUGUGGAGUUGCAGAUUUGAUUACCACAUGCUAUGGGGGACGUAACAGGAAGGUGGCCGAAGCAUUUGCACAUGGUGGAAAAACAAUUGAACAGUUGGAAAAAGAAAUGUUGAAUGGACAGAAGCUACAAGGACCUCAAACAUCAGCUGAAGUCUAUAAGAUCCUGAAACAGAAGAAUAUACUUGACAAGUUUCCACUAUUCACAAAUAUCUACCUAAUCUGCUACCAAGGAAAAUCAAUCAAAGAGUUCAUCACUUGCCUGCAAAAGCAUCCGCAACAUAUGUAAGAUCCAAUCCUGUAACUCACCAGUAUAGUCUGUCUCGACUCAAGAUUUGUCUGCCUGACAUGGAGAAUAAAGCCAGCAAGCAAGGUGUCUGUCAACUUGACAAUGGAGAAUUAAAGCAAGCGCACAUGCAAAAAAAAAAAAAAAAGCCCUGGUAUUAACUUCAUUGUGGUCUUAAGGGAAAUUACUCUGUAUUCCUUUUGAGUAACCAUCUGCACUAAGUAUGAAGACAAGCGCAUUUCGGCAUUGACUUCAGGAAACAAUUAUAAAAGACUAUGAAGUGGGAAUGUCAUUUUCAUCACUCAUGUUCCAUACAAAGCCUGUGGCAGCCUGAGCACUCUGCCAGUGAAAAUGGGCUCCUGAGCUCCGUUUUCGGCUUUGACAACUUCCUACAACACUCUGCCAGGGAAAAUAGAGUUUGAGAGGAACCUCCCAGACUCCAUUUUCACUGGCAGAGGCACUGCAGGCCAGUCCUUUGCUGUUUACAGGGCAGCCCUGUGGGCCAGAUCUAAGUACCCUGCGGGGCGGAUCCAGCCCUUGAGUAUGACACCCCUAAUAUAUAUCAUGCCUUUUUUCUUCAAAUUUCUCUUUGUCCACCUCUUACCUCAUUUUUUUUCUUUCAUACACAUUGUUUAACUUUUCUACAUUAAUAUAACCCCCAAAGACUCUUCCAAAUUCUGCUGACAAUAUAAAUCUCCGAAGGAAAACGAUACAUCAUACUAAGAGGCAACAAGGUUUACAACAUUUUUAAUUUGGCUAAAUUCCAAUGAGGUUAUUUAAAAUAUUAUUCUGGAUCAUACAAUUUUGAUAUGUCAUUUAUCAUUCUACAGUAUUUUUUGAAAGCAGCUGUGAGCAUCUUCCAUAUUUUCUCAGUUGAUAAACAAAUGCAUAAAUAAGAGAAAACAUUAACACUUUUUAGAAAUAAAUUUCUUUAAUGGAUACAACAAUGAGCCCAUGAUGAACAGUAUGCGAAAAGAACCUUCCACAAAUUUAACAUAUGCAAUGGAAAUAUUUUGAACAUCAAAUAAUUAACCAGCUUUUAAAUUAACUCACAAAUAAAUAGAAAAUAAUUCUGUAUUUCCAUCCUGUAGCAAAUAUUAAUUUCAAUAAACUGAAACAAGUUCAAUUUGAGAAAUGAAAAUUACACAUGUAAAAAUUAACAUUUAUAUUUCAGAGCAUCAAACUACACACACGUACAAAGUGAUCUGACACAUCCCUCCCCGAAAUUCAGGGAAAUUAAAGAACAUCAAUAAUAUUAUAUUUUAUAAACAUGGGUUUCAUCAUAUAAAAGCAAAAUUUCUGAAUUGGUGAAUUACUUCUUUGUUUUCCAAAACAUAAUUACAAUAGCAUGAAAUACUGAAUUAAGGUUAAAUUUAAGUUUGUUAAAUUGAGUCCUUCCCAUCGAAGUGGUACCUAUUUAUCUACUCACAUUUGCAUGCUUUUGAAAUAUUAGGUAGGCAGAGCUUGGGUAAGUAAUGGGAGUACACCCUUUCACACAGCGCUCAGGUCUGGAACCCGGGCCGCCAUAUUUCCAGCUGACAAGCUCAGUGUCUUUAACUGCUAAGAACCUCAAAUAAUCAAAUAUUCAGUGUAAUUAUUAGUUUUAAAAUUCUAAGCAUCCUGAAAGAUUUGAUGUGGUUGAAGCCAAAGUAGGCAUUAUUAAAAAGAUAUUCAACUUAUAUAAACUAAUGCCUUCACUUUUUUUCCUAAAAAAAAAAGAAAAGAAGCCAUCUUUUAUCCUUAGACACAGCACUGGUUUCCAAAUGAUCUCAGACCUGGUGACACACUAUGGCAGGGUUUUGAAAAUUGUGUUUCAUGACACUCAAGCAUUCUGUGACCAACCUGAAGGGGUUCCAUGAGAAACCAAGAAGGGGAGGGGGGAAAUUCACUUUUACUUUUUGAUCAGAAAUUUAGUUGUUUUUUUUUUU